UUCAGGAAGCUUUAUCCACCUCUCCUUUUCUUUUAUGCGGUUUUGAUACCUACAAAUCCAACAAAAACUUUUAUGCGGCUUUAUUCCCCCUCUCUGGCGAAAUGGGUUUUUUUUAAGAGUCCCCAUUUUUCUUGGCUCUCAUACAGGGUAAUUUUCCUCCAGAAGCAACUGAUAUCCUUGGGUACUCGUCAUAUUUCAAAUUUCUAUUUGGAUUGGGUAACCGUGGAUUUCUCAGUGAGGAUGGAUAAGGUCCACGAAGGCUUUCACUUUUCCUCUGCUGUAUUGCUCUUUUGCUUUUGCCACUUCACUUGUGUUUCUUUUUGUGAAUCGAGAACUCAAAACGAAGAGGGCAGUGGGAGCGAAGCAGGCGUCAUAGGUAAAGGCUUCUCUUCUAUUUGGUUGUUGGACGAACUUGUUUUUUGCAGUACGAGUUCGUUGAAGACAAGUGUUGAUUCAUGGCUCCCAAGGGGAAAUUAUUUGACUGGUCUUGACAGUAGACAUUUGGACACCUCUUUUGUGUUCCCAUUUAUGUUUUGUCUUUGUCAUUAUUUUUUUGUUAACACUUGUAUAAAGUGAUGCUUUUCCCCAAAUCUUUUGUAGUCUUGAUUUGUCUUCUAGUUCUUUGGGGUGUUUGCCAUGUGAAUGAGUUUCCCGAAUAAUUUGGCAGCAAACGUUUCCUUCUUUAUAAGACCAUCUCCAAUCCUGACCUAAAACCUAAAAAUAUUUAG